UAUGAAGUUUGGACGACAGUCAUGGCUCUUCCUGGCUAUUGUCACCACAGAACUGCUCAUUGUUGUCAAGUUUGGCUGGGAAACUGUCACCAUUCCUUUCCCAAGUACAACCAUCAACUUCAGUACCAGUAUGUCUACCAUCCACCUCAGCCCAGUAGGACCACAACAUAACUCUCCACAAUCAUCCACAAACACCAGCACCCACAAUUUAAGCCAUGUAGUGACAUUGUGGAUGACCAUAUUCAUAAUUCUGGUGCUUUGGACUCUAUGGAAUUUUUACAUCGACCCACACACUUUCAAGGUUGACUCAGAGGACGUUGAGCGGAGGCGUGAGCACUGGAGUCAAGUUCGAGCUAUUGAGACCAAACUUAGUCCUUCUGAGUCUAGAUUAUUUAUCUCUGAGUUUUUCUUUGAUAAGAUUUUGCAGAAAGAAACUAAAAAGGAUUGAUGUAUUUUGUGCCAUUCAGAAUAAUAAUAACGAUGAUGAUAAUUUGAGAUUUCAUUAUUCUUGAGUACCUGUUCUUUCAAAAAAUUCACAAGUGCUCACACACCAAGCCAUAACUGCAACAAAAGUGAUGAAGAAGGAAAACUAAAGUUUAUAUUCAAGAGUGACAGUAUAAUUAUCAGUUGCAGGUAUGCCAUUAACCACAAGUGUGGUUUAAGAAAAUCAUAUUAACACUGUAGUCUAAGAGUUUUACACACACACACAUACUGUCAUUACUAAUGGCACUUUCUGCUUAUGUGUAAAUAAUUAUAUUGAAACAUAUAUUGUACUACCUCCAUGGGGAAGUGGAACAGAAUUCUUCCUCCGUAAGCCAUGCGUGUUGUAAGAGGCGACUAAAAUGCCAGGAGCAAGGGUCUAGUAACCCCUUCUCCUGUAUAUAUUACUAAAUUUAAAAGGAGAAGCUUUUGUUUUUUCUUUUGGGCCACCCCGCCUCGGUGGGAUAUGGCCGGUGUGUUGAAAGAAGAAGAUAUAUUGUACUAAAUGGUAAAGUCCAUUUUUUGUUGUUGAUGUGCACUCUGAUAUUUGAGUGACAUUUUCUCUUUUAAGAAAGACUGUUUUAAACCAGUAAGUUUGGGAUCUGGUUAAUAAUUUUAUCAUAAGACAUUCUCAUUGUGCUAUAGAGAAAAUUAUGAUAAAAAUACUUAUGUAAAUCAUGAUUAUAUUAGCAUUAAAAACUUUAAAACCAUUUUGUCCAGAAAGUUAUUAUACUUCUGAAGUUGUCUUUUUUCUUACCUCCUAAGGCCAGACUUUUUUAUUUCAUGUUUUACAUGUAGAUUUUUUAGUGCUGGGAAUAGGAAUAAAAUAAGUAUGCAACAUUUAACAUAAAAAUUCUUUUCAAAGACAAAAUGUUAAUUAUUAAGACAUUUUAAAUAAUGGUAAAAAUUUCAGUGUAAUUUAUAUUGUUGAGUUAGUUUCCAAACCUUCCAUUGAACAUUUAAGUAUAUGCUAUGCCUUUCAUUCAUGCAGUGUGAGCAGUCUGGAUAUUUCAUAUAUAAUAAAAUCAAAAUCAAAUUCUUUUAGAAAUUUAAAUCUUAAAGGAAAAUGCUUCAAAAUAUCAAGAGAAACGAAACAAGUGUAAUCAGGAAAAUGUUUAGAGUAACAGCAAUAAUAAAAAGUUGCAUUUUCAAUUAAAUUUUAUUGUAAAAUAGAAAUAUUAACAUCAGUGGGCCUUUAGAACAAAAAUAAAAUAAGAAGUCUGGCCUAACUAAGAAGUGUAUUUUUCAUAUUUCCUUAAUAUAUGGGGAAAGAUGCAAUGUGAUAACUACUUAAUUGACUGAGUUCAAACCUAUUAUAGGAGAGAGAACUUUAGGUAAUCUGUGCACUGGGGGCUAAGUAUUAGUAAACAGUGUGGAUGGUUUUAUCCUAAAUUAUCAGGCCAUAAACAUGCUAAUUGGUGAUCAUGUAAGAUCAGCCUGUCAGCACAUAUCUUUUCAUGCACUUACUUUUAUAUAACUAAUGAAGUGUAGAAACUAUGAUUUGAUUGUAAUAUUGCAAUAAGAGUUCAUUUAAAGGCUUUUAUGCAACUUCUGAACUUAAUAAUAUAUCAUGUAGUCAGUGCACAUUACACUGACUAUAUAUGGCCACAUCAUUACUUGUUAUGCAGACAUUAGUAUCUGGGUCAUGUAAGGAAACAUUCAUUAAUGUACUCUAUUGAUUAUCACAGUUCUGCAGUUCCAUGCAGUUGAGUGAAUCUUGCAUAGGCUUAGGGAGACUGGGAAAUAAUUUAUGGCUUGUAUUACUGUAUUUGUAUAAAAAUCAUUGCAUGAACAGUAAAAACUUUUCAAGUGGAAACUGGACCACUACCUUGUAUAAGUGCCUGAUUAGCCAGGUUGUAAUGGCUAUAUGCACAUUCAAGCCACUGGAAGCAUGAGCUUGCUUGACUAGACACUCAGCAUGGAAACUUGGCCACAGGUUAGACUGUAAGGGGGGUAAAACAUCCCUUGAAAUUAGUCACAUACAUGUUAAGAGGUAUAUAAAUUUUCUAAUUAUGUACAUUUCAAAAUGUUGAAACUGCAACAAGAUCUUCAUUUUAUAACUUUACUCUGUAUAAUAUUUUACAUAUUUCCAUGUCUGUAAUUUACUGUUUGGAUAUAUAUAGCACAGAAGUGUUCAGAAAUUCUUUUAAAACUAAUGUUGCAAGAUAUUUCAGUUUUUAUUAAAAAUUGUAUGUAAAUGUAUUAUAUAUUAAGUUUACUAGAAAAUAAUUUAGUUUAAUUUGAAAUAAGCAGCUAGGAGUAACUGAAGUAGAUACCUACUUAUUUCAAGAUAGUGUUGAGUUUUCCAUCACAUUUCAUAUUGAAUUUGAGAUUUCAUUUAGCUUCACUAAAAAAAGGCUUGUUGCCAUUUUAGUGCAUUUAAUGUGGAAUACGUAUGCUGUUGCAGUAUACAGUACAAUGGUGAAUGCAGCAUAGGGCAGUAUGAUUCAGUAUAGCAUAUGCAAUGUAUUACAGAGAAAUAUGUGGAUUACAGUACAUGCAGAACACUGCAGUCAGACCAGUCUGGCUAAACCUUACAGAUAUUUCAUUUCAGUCUGUGAACAGUAAUGGUAUUCUUUCUCCAGUAUUAAGAUAUGAAUAAUAUAAAGUUUUCGAGCAUUGCAAGCUGCUGACACCGCCUUACUGUCAAAGGACUAACGUCUGUGAUAAAAAAUUUGUGGUUCUAGAUUUGUGUAAAUAAGAAUGUAUAAAGGGAGUGAGAACAGUUUGAGUAAAUGAAUAAAAUGGAAGAAAAAUG